GGCCCUUCCCGGGAGCGUGAGGCCGGUCUCCGGCCGGGCUGCUGUAGAGGUAGGCGCGCGGGACAGGUGCCACGUUGCAGGGCUCACUCGCCUCUCGGGGACGUUGCUUUGCCCGGCACGGGGUCACUUGGUAAUGCAGGAUUCACCCUCUCCGAUCCCGCCAGGGAGGGAAUGGGGCAGGCUUCACUGAGAUUGUGGGGCCAGGCUGGAAACCCUCGCUCUCCCCCUUGGGCCUCCCUGGAGUUCGGUCCAAGGCAGCAUGAGACCGUCACUGAGGAGCUACCAACGCAUCCCAACUGGGAUACUUCACCAGAAUUCUCAGUAUGGCAGACCGGGGUAUGGAGAAAGAUAAAGGAGAGGGACUACUGAAAAGGGUGCAGGAACUGGAGGAAGAAGUGAAGAGACUGCAAGAGAAACUCUUGGAGGGCAAGGAGGGCACUGACAUAAAAAGGAACCCUUCAGCACUGGGGAAAACUAAGAAACGCCAGCAGCGGCCAUUUGAUUUUAGUGCCUAUGGCCGGAGACACGUGGCACUAAAGAUUGCCUACCUGGGCUGGGGAUACCAGGGUUUUGCCAGCCAGGAGAACACCAAUAACACCAUUGAAGAAAAACUGUUUGAGGCGCUAAGCAAGACCCGGCUGGUAGACAAUAGGCAGACUUCCAAUUAUCAUCGCUGUGGACGGACAGACAAGGGGGUCAGUGCAUUUGGACAGGUGAUUUCCCUGGACCUUCGCUCAAGCCUUUCAGAGGGAAAGAAAGUGAAUGGUCAUGAGGGUGGCUUGGAAGACAAAGCCAGUAGUCCUGCCAACGAAAUCCGCUACACCCAUAUCCUAAAUCGGGUGCUCCCUCCCGACAUACGUGUGUUGGCCUGGGCCUCUGUAGAACCCAGCUUCAGUGCUAGAUUCAGCUGCCUCAAGAGGACCUAUCGCUAUUUUUUCCCUCAUGCAGAUUUAGAUGUGGCCCUUAUGAAUGCUGCAGCACAAAAAUACGUGGGGACCCAUGACUUCCGGAACUUGUGCAAGAUGGACGUAGCGAAUGGCGUGACAAACUUCCAAAGGACUAUUCUCACUGCACAGGUGCAGCUGGUGGAUAGAGGAGGGGAAACUGGGCUACAGGACCCUUUCCAACUGUACCAGUUUGAAGUCACAGGCCAGGCAUUCCUCUAUCAUCAAGUCCGUUGCAUGAUGGCAAUCCUCUUACUAAUUGGACAGAGGAUGGAGAAUCCAGAGAUUAUUGAUGAGCUAUUGGAUGUAGAGAAGAACCCUCGAAAACCACAGUACAGCAUGGCAGUGGAAUUUCCUCUGGUUCUGUAUGACUGCGAGUUUGAAAACAUCCAGUGGAUCUACGACCGAGAAGUUCAGGAGUUUAAUGUUACUCACCUACAGCAACUCUGGGCCAAUCAUGCAGUCAAAACUCACAUGUUAUAUAACAUGUUACAGGGGCUAGACUCUGCUGUCAUACCCAUAGGAACAGGCCCAGAGAAGAACAGAAUGCUCCUCUGGAGAGAGGUGAAGCCCCCAGUCCAUAACCAGAUCAGCAGUUUCAUCGAGGGGGUGAAGGCCCGCACUUACAAACCUUUGCUGGCUCGUCCCAAGUGCGAAGGCUUGGAGUCCCGGAUCAAUCACUUUGUGCGCAGGGGACGUAUUGAGCUGCCACACUGCAGGGAGAAAGAGACUGGAACAGACAAAGAGGAGCACCUAGAAACAAAGAGAGGCCACGGUGACACUGCUGAAAGAGAUAGUGAGGCUCCAGGACAAGCUGCCAAGCGAGUCUGUGUGGACACAGAGUCCAAGGGCUCUAAAUGAGAGCUGGUCACGUGAUAGCAGAAGCAGGACCAUCUUUCAGUGAUGGGGGGGGAGUGGUCCCCUAGGAUUUUAGGAAAGGAAACAUUUGGGGGUGGGAGGAAGGGCACAGAGGAGAGGAAUCCUUUUUAAAGGUGCAAUUCUGCACCUACUUUUUAAAAAUAUUAACUUCCAGGGGGCUGUUGAAAUACGGUAAUAUAGUGCAGAGGUUCUCAAACAGGUCCAUGGAACAUGCUGGGCAUAUGGUACUUGUUUUGCCUCCUUUUUACCAGCUGCUAAAAUGCAUUAAAAGUAGCUAACAUUGCUUUUCCAUGCAAGCAAUGGCUGUAUUUGCCACAGGAAUAUCAUGUGAUUGAAUGGAAGAAGUGGUGCCCCGCGUAAUUGAGGACAAGUGGUUGAAACAAUAUUAGUGUUAUCCAGACUAGGAGAGUGAAAACGCCUACCCCUAGGGGAUAAACUGCUAGCUUACCUUCCGACUACGCUGUUUAAGUGUGCAGGGCACUAGUGUGAGAACCACCAUUAUUUCCUUUCAUCCCUCAAUUUCUUCAGCCCUUUCAUGCUGGACUUUCUGCUUAAGCACUUUGCACAUGGAAGAGUUGCAGCGUGAAACAGCUAGCCAGGGUCCCUUUUCAGCCAGCUCCCUGGGUAAAGUGCUGUCUCAGGAACUCCUGCCAGGCUCCUGUUUGCUACACACAAUGCAUUCUGGUGGGUAGUACCCAAAAGUGGGAAGUAUGGCAGGUGUCAGGAUGCAUAAGUACUUUGGAGGAACCCAUGAAUUUUGUAGGUUCCUUCCCCUUCAUUCCUGCAGGCUUUAUUUAGUUGAGGAAGGUAAGAUACUUAGAGGCUACUAGGGUCACAGCUCUGUGGAAGUGUAAAUGCUUUGGGUAACAGUGCUGAUCAUGGAGACUACCUCCAGGCACCUUAAAAGCAUCAGCAUGAGACUAGGGAGCAAGGAAGUUUGAAGGAAAGUUAACUAAAAGAAUCAUGUAAGAAAUAAUCAGCUUUUUCUGGAAACAAAUAGGAUACGAUUUCAGAUGAAACACUUGUCCCAAUUACAAAUAGUGUGGGAUGGACAGAAGGAAAGACAGAGAAGGCUGGAGAAAUUAUUUUGGAAAGGAAGAGCCUGUACUGCAGGAGAAGAAAUGAAAGGCAACAGUAGAAUGGCCAUGUCAGGAUGUGACUGUCUUAAUUUCUGAAUCAGAUCAUUAAACACUUUUCAGUUUUAAACUAGGGACUAAUUUGGCAAUCCAAUGAAUUUUACUAGUUGUUUCAAAUGCUUUAUUUUUCCCUAUGAAGGAAACAAGCACCUUCAUGACAUUGUAAUUAAACUACAAUUUUAGAUGUGAUGCACUGGAAGGAAAUUGAUGUGACUGUACAGAAAGUUCUGCCCACAAUCCCAAAGGAGCGAGCCAAACUAAUAACUAGUGAAAGGUAUAGUACCCAGUACUGGAGAAAGGUACCUACCACAGGCCCUCAACCCUGUCUUUAAAGGAAUUUAGGCACCCAUGCUCUAAGCAGUCUUGCAACUGCUUCCCUUGUUACACGCUCAUAGAAACUAACAUUGACGUCAACAGGACUAUGUUCAUUUGAACUAUGGCUUCUUCCUCAACUAGCUCAAUCCUGCCCGAGGAGUACCAGCAUCCUAGUAUAGAGAGAGACACUUGAUUUCUCGGUGUUGGACUUCUUUACAUUAGGCCACCUGUGGGGCAGUCCUACCCAGGAAUGUGAAUAUGCCUUAAAACUACUCCAGCGCUAUGUUGGUUUGUGAAAAGCUAAGUUUCAUAACUCCUAUAAUUAUAGGGCAACAGCCUGCUAGAUUCAAUCAUAGCAUUUGAUACCAUUUUAAGGAGUGGAAUGUCAGGUAUACAGGAAAGUAUAAUUAAAUAUUUGUAGCAGUGGUUGAGUCUGGAACAUCGGAUGAAGUGAACUGUAGCUCACGAAAGCUUGUGCUCAAAUAAAUUGGUUAGUCUCUAA